AUGGGCACAAAGCACAAAUUUCAAACCCAGAAAACCAAACUCGGUCUUCUCUCCCCAGUCCUCACAGCUUUUUCGACUCAAGUCAAGAUCUUCACCCACUCACACAAUCCUAGUGACUCCAGUUUCUCGAAUCCAGAAUCCACCACAAGCUUCACUGAUCCACCCAGAACACAAGGGCGGACAAGACACAUUGCCACACUAAAGCAACCUCUGUUCAUCCACUCAGCGUUCAGGAUGCCUGACAUGGAGCAGCUCUUCAACCAAUGGGCUCGUCAAGCCCAGGAGCCCGAGAACGAGGACGAUGAGCGUGAGCGUGUGGAGCGCUUCAACUUCAACCACUGGGCUCGAGGCCCCUGGGACCCUGAGGAUAGUGAGGAUGAUAACUCUGAUUCUGAAUUUGGCUGGGGCGACUGUGACGGCAAUCACCCUGAUGCCGAGCAUUGCGAGAUUUGUGCGUCCUCCUUUGACUGUUAUUGCUAUAACUGCUACGCCAACGGCGCUGGCGAUGAUAGCUUCCACUACUACUACCGCCUGUUCUACUGGUACUACUACUAUUUCUACAUGGAGUACUAUGCUGUUCAUUACGCUGAGCGAGUCACUCGGGGAUCUCAGUCUCGCCACGACCGCGAUGACUACUUGUAG